GGUACCUCCGAGUUUAUAACUCUCGAUCACGGCGGCGUUUGCGCCCAGUUCGGCCGCCCUCCUUGCCCCCGCCAGACCUCCGGAACCGCCGCCGACCACCAGGAAGUCGAACCGGGUGACCCCGCUCGUUGUUGCUGCCAUUCCGCGACGGAUCCCACCGAAAGACGAGAAAUACCUGGCGACGGACGAAAAGAUUAAACGGAAGGGGGUUUGAGUGCCAGUUAGGCGAGUUAUUCUCGCCAUAACCAGGAAGCUGAAACGCGGGGGUGUGGGACAAACGAGGCAGAGGGAGGGUCAAGCGAAAGCCAGUGGCUGCUGUGUCAUUAUGAAGCGCAACAAUGUAACCAGUGGAAUAAGGCGAAGACUCAUGCGGACGCUAAUGUGAAGCUGUGUGUGCGUGCAGCUGCUGGGCAACGCUAUACACCAUGAAGCCUGUCAACAAUCAGCGUUUUCCCUCCUUGGUGCCCACCAAUCCACCAAACGGCGCCUUGCUUCUCAAGCCGAGAUCUCCUGACGCAAAUUAUUGCAGCAAGUGUGGAUUUUCUACAAUGGACAAUGACUUGUUCAAAAGGCACAUUAAUGACCACAUGGGGUCCAAACUAUGCUGUUUUUACUGUCAAAGGGUAGUCUUCAAUAGGGCAGAGUUUAAUGCUCACCUGGAAGAACACCUAAAGUCGACUCUCAAAUGCCCUCACUGUGGACAGGCUUACAUUCGGAAGUUAAGCCUUUUGAAGCACAUUGAACGGGUUCAUAGUAAAAACAUUAGUCAAGGACCAAAAAAGAUUGGUGUUAACAAAGAUCCCCAAAUCUACAAUGCCUUACCGGGUGUGCAGAGUGCACAGCGCCCAACGCAGCCUACAGUUCGAUUGAAUGUGCCAUCCCUCAAUACGCCUACUGUCAGUCUCGGUAAAGAUGUGCAGAAAGUAAGAUCGAUGAACAAAAUACUCCCAAUUUCUUCAAAUGGUGUAUCGGACGGUAGUAUUCAUCAAAACAGGGCUUUAACUGUAGCUCUUCCAGAGGAAAUAAGCAUCCCGGCUGGCUGCCUUGUUGAACUUGUGGAAGUAAAAACUGUCAAUGGAUCAAAGGAACUAAAACUGAGGCUGGUGUCACGGCAAGAAAAGGAAGCUGAAAAGAAAGACAUGAGAACACCAGUUAAACAAAAUAUCACAGAAGGUAAGACUUUAGCGAUCAAAUUAAAUCCCCCAAGCAGAGUCAAGUCCACAAAUAUGGGAAUGUGUGUUGUGAACAGAAAACAGAUGGACACAAAGAAAGCAGUUCAAUGCCCCACUAUCAAACCUGUUAGCAUGCCCAAUAUUCCCAUUUCAAGUCAAGCGAGCAAAGAGAAACUUACACUGAAGAGAAUGUCGGAGGACAUCAUUGAUUUAGACAGUCCAGCAAAGGUUUUCAAACCGGUCUACAAUCCAGUGGCGGAAAAGAAAGAAACCCCUUCCUCACAGAGUGAACCUGUCUACAGUCGAACAAAAACAUACAAUGUUGUCAGCGAGACUAGCACACUCAAAUGCCUCGGGCAGCCUGUAAAAACUGGAUUACAUGUGUCUUGGCAAAAUACAGACGAGGGGCUGAAAACUAUUCCAGAGCAUCACAAGAGUAUUUCCCCCACGAAUACAAAAAUUAAAGAAAGUUGUCUCCAGGAUUUGUUGACUUUGGUCAAACGUUCCCCUGGUGUGGUUCACCUCAAUGACAAUACCUGCUCGAAAGUCAUGGACACACCAAAGGUCAUUAACACUCCAGCAUAUGCCAGCCAGCAAAUACACAAACCCUCUUCUUUGAAACUUCCUUCAGGUGGAGCUGUCAAAGUGUUACCACCAAAGGUUCAUCUUCACAAGGAGAGCGUUCCUCCUCAUUCUGCUUUACCAAGUCAAGUCACUGCGCAGACAACAGUCAGUUCAACCUCAUCUCUCAAAAUGCAGGUGGCGUCAUUCCAUCCUAAGUCGAACAGUCCAACUUGGUCUCAAGGUGUCCAACCCCGCAAGGAGGCUUCUGAGAGAGAAACACCAAAGCCUGAGGGCUUCCCAGUCAUCUCCUCUGUGUUUUCCCUAAGCGAAGAACCAGAAAAUACUCAAGGAGCCAUGCAGCCACUGGUUAUGGCACUGCGGGGCAUCGUGAUGGAUAAAAGCAACACUGCUGAUAAGUCGAUGCCCAAUGUCAGUUAUAAAGAUCAAUUCCAGACAAACCACACAUGUAGCUCUGUGAAAAUAGAGGAGAAAGAAGAAGUUACUCAACAGCACCCUAUCCCAGUGUUGAAUCACAUGGAGCAUGUUGUCAAGAUGGAGAAAAACAGCUCGACGCAGACGGACAAUUGCAGUAACACGGCAAACAUGAAAUCUGAAGAUGCUCAAAACCUGUUGGAUCCGGCUGCCGUUGCUGAUAUAAAUUGUCAGUAUGACAUCAACAAAUACUUGACUGUCCCACUGACGAGAGUGGACGAUGUGCGGAUGGGCAGCAGGAAUAGCUCCAAAACCCCAGCACUUCAAAGUGACACUCCGAUUCAUGUGCAUUCAGUGCAUGAGCCAAGAAACGAUUUCACCGUACACCUUAUGCCAUAUAAGGCGGAACAACUAGUGAUGUGCCCGAGCCCAAACCAGCCCGUUGUCGUGCUCAAUCACCCAAAGCCACGGCUCUCAAUGCAAGACACAUUUGACACGGUUGGGUAUGCCGGAACCCCAGCAAAGGCCCCAAAGUGCCAAAUAUUGAAGAUGAGGCUGGGCAAACUGAUGGGGCAGAAAUAUGAGGUGACGGGCUGCACUGUCAGGUUUUCCCAAUGAGAUGUUCACAGCUACUCCUGUCAAUAUCGUAGUCUUAACACUCUUGUUCGAAUAUCAGUGUUUGUAAUUAUAUACAUA